UGCACUGCCUUGUCUGUGUUCUUGGUCUGUGUUUUUAAUUCACAGCUCCGUUAGGUGGUGCAUCCCAUCUCUCACUCUGUGAUCCCAUCAAUUCAACUAAUUCCGAGACAUUCCGAAAAUACACGAUUGGAGCCGAGGCGCUGCACGACAAUUUACGGAAAUUAACGAAAGAUUCCGGAAGGGACCUCACGACGGGAAGCAGCAGUAGCAAGCUAGUCAAGUCUUCGGAUCCUUCCCUCUUGACCACGUUGUACAAUAUACGUUUUAUUUCUGUCGUACAUUAUGUCUGUACUGUGUUAUAAUAAGGGAUGUGGACAACGUUUUGAUCCCGACAAGAAUUCAGAUGAUGCAUGCACAUACCACCCUGGAGUGCCAGUGUUUCAUGAUGCAUUGAAGGGUUGGUCUUGCUGCAAGAGACGAACAACUGAUUUUUCGGAUUUCCUCAGUAUUGCUGGUUGCACGAAAGGCCCUCAUAAUCAGGAGAAGCCCUCUGAGUCUGUUAAACCAGAAGUGAAUGAUGGGAAGCCAAAGUUUAAUGAAUGCAUCACCCAAGCACCAAAACCUCUGGAGUCUAUUCAACGACCAAGUCCAGAUGAGCCUUUCUCCAGUCUACAACAGAAGAUCUCUCCUUCGCUUGAACAGGCUUUAGAAAAGCUUAAACUGACUCAGGAAAAUGCACAGGAGAUAAAGGAGGAGGAUAGUGAUGAAAUUAAGAUAGGGACAUCCUGUAAGAAUGGAGGCUGCAGUAAGACAUUCAGCGGACCAGCCAGUGAUGAAGAGACAUGUUUGUAUCAUGCUGGUGUACCUAUCUUCCAUGAAGG